AUGUCGUCCACAGCCACCCUCCAACUCCCGCUGACGAUCCCCGUCCCGGCGGCGAUCCUCGCCCUCGUCGCGGUCCUGGUCACCCUCCUCCUCCGCGUUGGGAGACGCGACCCCCGCCUCCCCCCCGGUCCACCCACCACCCCUGUUCUGGGCAACCUGACCACCAUCCCGCCCCGCUACGCACACCUCUACUUCCUAAAGCUCUCAAAACAGUAUGGCGACGUAAUCUCCCUCAAGCUCUUCAACAGCAACAUGGUCGUGCUCAACUCUGCAAAGGCAAUCUUCGAGCUCCUGGAUAAGAGGAGCAGCAGCUUCAACGACCGCGCACCAAUGUACAUCAACGAUGAAGUGAUCGCUCGAGGGAACCACAUCCUCCUCGCACCAGGAAAACGUAAUGCCGUAUACCGCAAAGCUUGGAACCGUAUCCUUGCACCUGGCGUUGUCGGAAAUCACGUACCGCUCCAAACAGCCGAGGGGAGCGCUGUGCUCUACAACCUAUUGAAGGGGGUCAACUUUUACCAGGAGAUGAGGCGAUACUCUUGCUCCCUCACUUUGGCAAUUGCGUUUGGGAAACGCGCUCCAACCUUUGAUGGGGUCGACAGUGCCGGUUUCUCCGUCAAGGAGUUUUACCGCCUGGAACACGCUUUCAACUUCUUCCUGGAAGUCGGCGCCGCGCCGCCAAUCGACCUCCUCCCAGCACUCAAGUACCUUCCCGGACCCCUGGCUCCAUGGAAAGCCAAAGCGCAAUCCCUGCGCGAAGAGAUGCGGCACUAUUACCAUGACAUUCUGUUUGGCGAGCUCAAGCGCCGCCUCAAGAAGGGACAGUGUACCGACGCGUGGUUGGCUAAACUUGUCAAGAAUAAUCCGGACGGGUUGAGCGACGAAUGCCUCGCUUGGAACGGAGGGGUUAUGCUCGAGGGAGGCAGCGAUACCACUUCGGGAGCGCUACUUACUUUUGUUCUUGCGGCGUGCUGCUUCCCCGAUAAAGCGGCAAAGGCUAGGGAGGAGAUUGAUCGUGUUGUCGGGCAUGAUCGGAGUCCAGUGCUCGAGGAUAUUGCAAGUUUGCCUUACUGCGAUGCGCUUGUUAAGGAGAUGAUGCGCUGGCGCCCCGUCGCGCCUGCCGGCGUCCCCCACCUUAGUACCAAAGACGAAGUGUACCGCGACAUGCUCAUUCCCGCUGGUACACUAGUUGUCGGCAACACCUGGGCGGCGCUCCACGACCCCGAGCUGUACGACGACCCGGAAGAGUUCCGUCCCGAACGCUUCCUGGCGAACAAGUACGGCUUGAAGGAGGAAAUGGCAGGAUGGCGCAACACUCUUCCCUACGGUGCUGGACGGCGUAUCUGCCUCGGCACGCAGGUCGCCGAGAACAGCCUGUCCAUCAAUAUUCCCAAGCUCCUGUGGGCGUUCGACUUUGAACCGGUCGGCGAGAUGGACGUCAACAAGUUUGAGCCGGGCCACCUUACUGCGCCGGUGGAGUUCAAGUGUCAUUUCCGGCCGCGGAAUGCGCAUAUUGAAGAGACCAUUGUUAGCGAGUAUGAGGAGGCGCGCGAGUUGUUGUCCCAGUUCGAGUUUGAUUAG